GUUUAUCUAAUUUGAUUCUAGAGUAGUAGCUAUUAAUAUAUUGAACCAAGACUAAAAAGUGUCCUUCACGGGCCGGAAGGUUCGCCGGUCUCCAGGGACAAGUUCUAGGCUUCACAAAUUCACACACCUGCCUUGCCCAGAACGAAACCGAAUGGUCAAUUUGUUCAUACUUCUCCAGAAAAUCAAAAGUGAAACUCAUUCGCGGACAUUUACACUGGUUCUGGUGUUGCAUUUUGAGAUAGAUAUAUAGAUUAUAGAUCGAUAGAGAGGAACAGAAUUUAAAAGAAGAAAAAAGCUUUGGAGGAAGGAGGAAGGUGUUGCGACUGGGGGGGAAAUGGUUCUGUGGGAGAUUACAUUGGCAUCGGCGUAUUUCCUGGGCUUGAAGAGAACCUACAGACUCGCAUUGAAGAUUCAGCGGCGGGUGAUUAGCCCUGAGUAUCCUAAGAUUCGUCAAUUUGCUUACAGGCGAACAAGGGGUGUGUUUGAUGUGGCACUGAAGGUCCAUAGGAAAAUACAAGAGAGAGAUCUUGAAGCCGGGAGAAACCUGGGAAACUGGAUCCUUAGAUGGCUUGAUAAAGCAAAGCCAACCGCAAAUAUCCGAGGACAACACCCCCCUCCUUGUAUCGGUGGCGGCAGCCAAAACACCAAAAUCACUGAUAAGAAGCCCGAUGGGUUCCGGAAGUAUGACCCCCUUAACCACCAGGAUAAGGGUCCCAGCAGGCAUCUGUCUACCUCAUUAUCAUCAUCUUCUUCUUCAUCAAGGAAUUUGUUGUUGCCUAAAACGUUUCCUAGUGUUGCAAUGAUGAUGAGGCCGGGGGUGGCGGCAACUACCACUGCUACUAGCAUCCACCACCAAUUCAGGCAGCUCAGUAUUUACCGGCAGCCUGCUGAUUCCACCAAAGCCAGUCUUGGAAGCUUCUCCUGCAAUGGCAGCAUCAUACGCAAUGAUAUAAUGCAGUGGAUUCGACGAGGCCCUUAAUUACUUAGACUCACACUUGUAAAACGAAAAAUGACCGCGUUUGUUUGUUUGCUUGCAAGGGGUGACCAUAUUUUCUUUUUGGUGGGCAAUGUGAAGUUUUGGAAUCGCAUUUACUGUUUGUUUUGUGCUGGACUGGGAAUUCUUGAGCCAUUAUUGUCAUAUGUAUCUUAAUCUGCGAAAUGUGUUCAAUAUGUGUUGAAAACCGUGGCAAUGCCUGCUGAGAUUUUGAAAAGAAAUAAUGUAACAAUAUAUCUCCUAAAUAAUAUAAGCGUCUAAGGGGG